AUGAAGCUGCUGAAAUUCCACCUGAGGUACUAUCCACCAGGCUUGGUACUGGAGUAUCUUCAAAAAGGCUUGGUGAAAAAUAAAGAUAUUGACCUUUUGGAUUUAAACAGCAACACAGACAUACAGGAUCUGACAAACAAGCUAUUCCAGCGAGAGGUACUGAUCACAGAUGAUGUUAAGGAUCAGCUCGAGCAGUGCCUGGGAACACUUAAAAAGCGUAUUGAGCACGAGGGACCAACAGGCAAACGUUUUUACAUCUACAAGACCCUGGUAACCCAUGUGUUGCCGCUGACUAAUGUGUGCUUUGACAAAGUCGGCGAGAGAUGCCUCUCAGGAAGCUACGAUCGUACUUGUAAAGUGUGGGACGUGGAAUCGGGUCAAGAGUUAAAGACGCUUACGGGACACCAAAAUGUUGUCUAUUCUGUUGCAUUUAAUUUUCCAGCAUGUAACCGCGUGAUAACCGGUUCGUUUGACAAAACGGCAAAAAUCUGGAAACCAGAAACUGGAGAAUGCCUAGAGACUUUAUGGGGCCACACUGGUGAAGUGGUCGCAGCGCAGUUCAGCACUAAAGGGGACUAUGCGGCUACCGGAUCGAUGGAUAACACUGCAAAGCUGUUCGAUGUUAAAACGGGUUCCGAGAUCAACACUUACGUGGGCCAUACAGCCGAAGUGAUAGCACUUCAGUUUGAUCCAAAUGAAGGUCAGCGUCUCAUCACUGGAUCAUUUGACGGAACCAUCUCCAUAUGGGACACAAGGCUAAAAGAUCGCGUAUCAGUUCUAAGAGGUCACGAAGGUGAGAUUUCCAAUGUGCAAUUUAAUUGGGACAGCUCAUUGGUAGGAUCCUCGUCUCUGGACGGCAGUGCGAAGCUCUGGGACGCGAGAAAGACUGAAUGUUUAGCUACAGUUUCAGGACAUACGGACGAGGUCCUAGAUAUAUGCUUCGACUGGGCUGGUCAACGGAUGGCCACAUCGUCCAGUGACUGUUCAGCUCGUAUUUAUGACGUGCGAUCCGAUUUCAAGGAACUGGCGGUCAUGCGAGGACAUAGGGAGGAGGUUUCGAAGGUGUGCUUUAGUCCGGCUGGUGGGUGUCUCCUGACUGCUUCUGCAGAUCGUAGUGCUAGGGUAUGGAAUACGAAUACUGGGAAUUGCUUACAGGUUCUCUCAGGCCAUUGUGGGGAGAUAUUCUCUUGCGCCUUUUCGUAUGCUGGAGACGCCAUCAUCACUGCAUCCAAGGACAACACGUGCCGGAUCUGGCGGUGA